CAUGCGAUUAUCUGGACCCUCCACAUCUGGCUAUCCGUUGACCAGACAGUCUGCAUCUGGACAUUAUUGAACGGACAAUCCACAUUUGGUCAUUCUAGCUCUUGUUCACCGUACGCACGUGCGCGGGCAGCACAGAUAACCGUAAUCUACGCCGUGUGAACCGUACGACAUUACCUCAGCUUUGCUGACUGGACAGCCAUGGUACACGUACAUAAGGGAGCUAAGAAGAAGGAUGCGACGGCAAUGGGGAAGUUCCUAACCGAACACACGGUCAAGUCAGAGAGACGAGGACUGAGUCUUUUAAAGGUCAUAGUGACAGCUGUUAUCACAGCUUUCCUGUCAUUCGGACUGUUCCAGUAUAUGGACACUCAGGUCCCUGAAGGAGUCACCGAGGUUUGGAGUGCGCGUAUACUGGACACCGCACUCAGGUUUAACGGCAAGGCGAUAUUGAGUCUUCACAACUUUGGUAUUACUGGUGGAGUCAGUUGGUACACCAGGAAACUUGUGGAUGUUGUCCUGACAACCAUGAUCACCGGAAGUCCGCUUGGACUAGGAUCAGAUCCCGAAUUGAAGAUAUACGAUACAGAGUAUGCUGGUGUUGGGGUCCGAGUUUACGAGCCAACGAAAGGUCCCCACACGUCUCGUCGUGCUCUGAUAUACUAUCAUGGUGGAGGCUGGUCCUGGCUGUCAAUUGAUGUGUAUGACCAAGCAACACGAGAGUUGGCAAAAAGGGUUGGAAUGGUGGUAGUUUCUGUUGCAUACAGACAAUCCCCGGAGCACCCUCACCCGAUACCAUUUCACGAUUGUCUAGCAGUUACAGAACACGUCCUGAACAAUGGUAAACAGCUAGGAAUUGAUGCAUCACGCGUAUCUAUUUCCGGUGACAGUGCAGGUGGACACCUCACCGCCGCGGUAGCACUCCGCCUGAAAAAGAAAAUCAAAAUUCAAAUUCCAAUAUAUCCAUGCCUUCAGCUGUUUGAUAUGAAGACACCAUCUUAUAUUGAAAAUAAGAACUACAUUCCGGGAAUGUUGAAUGAUGUAUCUAUGUUGACCUACUGGCUAAACUAUGGGAACAUCAGUUACGACCAUCUUGAGAAGAUCUUAACCAAUCAGCAUACAUCCCCAGCGCUUAAAAAGUCGAAAUAUGCUAAGUAUAUCGGUAAACAAUGGCUGAUGAAGGAGCAUAUAAGAAAUCAGGAUCUUUACAAUGCAGAUCAGCCGACUGACUUUGGAGACGAAGAAUUGUCAGCAAGCCUAGAAAAGACAAUUUUAGAUCCAUAUUUUUCACCAUUGAUGGUGGAUGACAAAGAAAAUACGGAUUUGCCUUUUACUUAUGUGUUAACAGCCGGAUAUGACGUGUUACGUGAUGACGGACUGAUAUACUAUCAGCGGUUAAAACAAGCGGGAGUAAAAGUUCGUCUCGCACACUAUCCUGAAGGGUUCCAUGGGAUGAUAUUUUUCUUUAAAGGUCCUAUGCCAUUUCAAGUAGGGAUACGAGCAAUGGACGAUUUAGUAGAUUUUCUGAAGGCCAACUUGUAAAUACUAAAGACAUUGUAUAACAGAUUGAGAUUUUGUUGUAAAAAUCAAUGUAUUAUAUAUAGAAGAUUGAUGUAAUGUAUGUAUAUUAGAAUAGUUAUUAUAUUGCUAUUAAAAUUAAUCAGAUGUGA